AUGAGCGGUGCAGAAGAUCAAAUUGGGAACGUGGAAGUUGGAGGGGCCGUUGGGCCCGCAUUAAGUGGUAGUGCACCUCCAUUGUUGCCCCAUCUGCAACAACAACAGAUGAUGCAGCAUGAGGCUGCAGAUAUCAAUUAUGAGCAGGAAGCACAGAAAUUAGAGGACAAAGCAUUGAGGUUUCUGGCUAAACAAGCUCAUCCAGUUAUCAUUCCGUCAUUCGCCGCGUGGUUUGAGUUCUCAGAAGUUCAUGAGAUUGAAAAGAGAUCGAUCCCAGACUUUUUCGACGAUUCUUCUCGUUUCAAGACCCCCAAGGCUUACAAGGAUGCCAGAAACUUUAUGAUUAAUACCUAUAGACUUUCACCAUAUGAGUAUUUGACGAUGACCGCAGUGAGAAGAAACAUUGCCAUGGAUGUGGCGUCCAUCGUCAAGAUUCAUGCUUUUUUGGAAAAGUGGGGGUUGAUUAACUACCAGAUAGAUCCAAGGUCGAAACCCUCUUUGAUUGGUCCCAGUUUCACAGGUCAUUUCCAAGUGAUCCUCGAUACCCCACAGGGUUUGAAACCAUUUGUUCCCGCUGAACUGGUAAAGGACGAAGAGGAAGCAGAGACUAAGAAUGAAGAGACUACGCCAAGCGCAAGUCAUGAGAAUACCUCUACAGAGUACAAGUUUAUUGACCGCGAGCCCUUCCCAGUGAACCUCUCCCUUAGAGAGAGCGUGUAUGAUACAACACAGGACUUUAAUGCAUUGCAAUCGAGGGAGAAAUCAUCAAGACAAAUACACAAGACGUUUGUGUGUCAUACAUGUGGGAACAACGCCGUAGUGGUACACUACCAUAACUUGCGUGCCAGGGACGCAAACUUGUGUUCCAGAUGUUUUCAAGAAGGUCAUUUUGGGGCGAAUUUUCAAUCGUCUGAUUUCAUAAGGUUGGAAAACGAUACGCAAACAGGCAAGAGACAAUGGUCAGAUCAGGAGCUAUUACUACUAUUGGAAGGUAUUGAGAUGUACGAGGAUCAAUGGGAAAGGAUAGUUGAUCACGUCGGAAACACAAAGACUAUGGAAGAAUGUGUAGAGAAAUUCCUGAGCUUGCCAAUUGAGGACCAAUACAUUAAUGAUAUCGUUCGGAAGACUAAAAUCAAGUCAUACAAGGUACAAAACGGUAAUGGGAAACAAUUCACUACAACGGAGGCAGUCGAUGCAACAAUAAAGGCUCUACUAGAAGGUUUAAACAGACAAACCCUCGAAGAGACCUUACCGGAAUCAGCUAAAAAAAUAUCUGUCAAGUACUUGCAAGAAACUCAGGCUGUAGCACAGGAGCUAGUCAGUUUGAAAGUCAAGAAGCUCGAUUUAAAAUUUGAGAAAUUGGAUAAAUUAGAGGCUGCACUACAGGAGGAGAAAACCAAGUACGUGGAAGAAUCAGAGAAGAUAUUGAACGACAGGAUAUCUUUAAGCAAGCAGAUCACUGACCUCAACAGUGAGCUCGGCAAAUUGAAUAUAUCGAAAAAAUUGGUGUUGAUAUCAGACCAAGUUGAUUCCGGUAUCAAGCUUGUAGAGGAAGAAGAAGGUGCAGGGGCAGACAAAGAACCCUUGCAAAAGCAGACCGACCAAGAGAUACAGGCCUUGUCACACGCGGAACCUCAAAUGUAUCAACCUUGGUCUUUGUAA